AUGUCAGCUACAGUUUCCUCUACAUGUUCUUCCUCUCUAUAUUCUGGAAGCUUAAGUCGUCGUUAUAAACGUUAUGAAACAAAUAAUGCUUUGUCAGAAUCAACACAUUCAGCAACAACUACUUCUUUGUUUGAAUCUAAUUUACUUCGACGUUCGGGAUCGAGAACCUCUUCAAUGGGAAAUUUGUCUUCUUCUGUUUCUUCAACCUCUUCUUCUCUACGUAGGGCAGCGGUUGCUAAUUCUGCUGCAAUGAUGAUGGGUAUUUGUCCUCUCUGA